GGGGAAUAAAUAAGAGCGUGUCUUGCAGUGUUCAUCAGUACUUGAAGAGAGUAUUUGAUAUCGCACAGUGAACCACCGUCGGAAGUUCCAAUUUUCAAGCCAAGUGAUGGACACCAAAGUUGCCUGCCUGUUGCUGAUCAUUUUGGGUGCACUUACCGUGCAGGGUGCAGUCUCCGGAAACAAGAGGAUAAACCCCUUGCACGCCAGGCAGUGGGGCGAGCAGUGCAUGAACAGUAUGGAAGAGUUUUGCGUCCCAGAGUACAGCGAGUGCCCACCUGAAUAUGAACCAUGCCGCGAAGACAAGUACUGCGAGAACGACUAUUAUUGCUGCUGCAGAUACUCUGGGUAUUGAUUGCGGCAAUGACGUCUCAACAAUGGAAUGACGGCCUUAACUUAGUAUUAAAAUGAUACUUGGCAAAAUAAAAACCGAGGAAUUAAUUUAGUAAAUGUGGGUAUUGAGUAAAAGCGGAUUGAGGGGUUGGGAUUCUGGUAAAUGUGGGUAAUCUGAGAAAUUCAAAAAUGUAACAAGAGGAUAAAUAAAGGCUGAAUCAUUCAAAAACGUUU